AUGUAUGGGGUGCGUGCCAGCCUGAAUAAUGUCGCUGUCGUGGAGGCGCCCCUUGAUACUUGCAAGGAUUUCAGCUUGCAGCUUGGGGUGCUCAAGUCGGCCUUGGCGAGAAGUCCCCGGGUCAAGGUCAUAUUUCUCUGUUCGCCAGGAAAUCCUACAGGCUCACUGAUCUCCCUGAGCGACAUCAAAACCAUAUUGGAGCUGGAUUCCUGGAGUGGUAUGCUCGUCGUUGAUGAAGCGUACAUCGAUUUCGCAAGCCACCCCGAGUCAUCUUGUAUGGGCCUUCUCAGGCAGUAUGGCAAUCUGAUGGUCUUGAACACCCUGUCGAAAGCUUUUGGACUGGCUGGUAUCCGGGUUGGGUUUGCAGCCGGUUGUCAGCAUAUUGUCGGGAUUCUCAAUAAAAUCAAGCAGCCGUAUAAUAUUGGCAGUCUGUCAAGCAGACUUGCCACGGCAGCUCUGACCGAAGGAAGCCUGGCGGCAGCUCGCCACAAUAUUAACCUGAUCAAGACGAAUCGACAGCACUUGAUUCAAGAAUUACCAAAAAUCAAGGGGGUAGGCCGCUUGAUAGGUGGAUUUGAUGCCAAUUUCGUUCUCUUCGAGAUUUUGGACUCCGCAGGUGGAUGCGGACGCCCAUGCAGUAUCACGGCUGCCUCCCUAGUGCGCGAAAUGAAGCAUCUGGAGAGUGUUCUGAUCAGAUACAGAGGGGAUGAGUAUGGAUGUCGAGGUUGUGUUCGUGUAAGCAUCGGAGACCGGGGAGAGAAUGAAAGAUUCCUGAGCGCCCUUUCAAACGUCCUUGCGAUCUUGUACGAAGGGAAGGUUAUCUAG